AUGCCGCAACCUUCAUGGUACUAUUCCAAGUCAAAUCCGACUCAACCCAUCAAGGUUGGUGUCGUCGGCAGUGGGUUAGCCGGUCUCUUGACUGCCUAUUCUAUAAGCACACUCCAAGCAAACAUGAUGUUCAAAUCACGCGACAGGACGCCCAUCAUGCUACCCCGACUGGAAGUCCAUCUGUUUGAGAGUUCGCCAAAGCUUGGGCUCAGUCAAGCGUCCAUUCAAGUUUCUGUUUCAGAUGAUGACAAGCUCCGAGAAGAAGAUGGUAUCUUAGAGCACCGCGCAUCAGCAUCCGACCGUCGGUUCUGGAACAUCGAUUCACCCAUGCGUGCCAUUCAAAGUGGAUAUUAUACGCACCUCACUCAACUAUACAAGUUUCUUGGGAUAUCACUUACAAAAACCGAUUUCAGCUACUCUUUUUAUGAGCAAUACUUUUCACGUGAAGCAGCAACUUCUCGAGCAAAGUUGUUGUACGAGGGGACAGAUUCGUUCCAUAUUGGACAUAUCAGCAAGCCGUCAUAUAUCACCACGUGGUUCUCCCUCGACGGGAUCUCGAACCUAUACUCCGCCCUCUAUAUAGGCGUGGCCUAUGUUCUCCUUCUCAUAAUUUCCGCUCUCUCCUAUCAUGCUCGCAAUAAGCCGUCGUACAACCGGGACGGCACCUCGUUGGUUCCCUUCUUGUUCUCAUAUACCCUAUAUGUCCUGGGAGUGCAAUGUGGUUUGGGCUCAGAGGCCUUCAAGUACCUCAGUGUGCGCGAUUGGACCAAUCGGUCCACCUUACCUGUUGGAUCAAAGUGGUCUUUGCGUCAAACGCUGAAGCGCCGAGUUUUAGAGCCUUUAUUCUGCUCAAUCUGUUCAUGCUCAAUUGGAGAGCUUGAUGAUUAUCCAGUCGUAGAUAUUUUUGAUUUUAUGUUUCUCACUUUCGGCCACUCGUAUUACGCUUGCUCACAGGGGGUCAAAACCGUUACAAAAAUCUUAACACACUCUCUAGAACCUGAAAACAUUCAUCUGGGCAUGGACGGCACAAUCACCAAUAUCGUACCAAUUUCCAUCAACCAACCACAGAUUCAGGUAGUAACACGAAGUCAAAAGCAACAUGCAUUCGAUCACCUCAUCUUCGCCACUCAAGCUGAUCAACUCAAGACUCUCUUGUCUAAUAUGUGUGAAACACAUCCGCCUGAGAACCUCGUUGAAGAACAUGAGCGAAUUGAGCUCUUGAGCAAAUUCAAAUAUUGCAAAACUCUCGUCGUCAAUCACGUGGACCCAAGUGUACUUCCUGCAGACCCUCGAGACUGGCGUGACUUGAACUUCACCACCUCCUCUCGCAACAAGGAUGGGAUCUACGAUGGGAAUCAAUUGAUAGAUGCAACUGAGAGUGCUGUGAAGUCCCAAAGCUUGAGCAUAGAGGGUGAAAGGGGCUGCUCUCCCGCUGCGGGCUCGUCCGAAUCCUUGGCUUCCUCAACCUCAGUCGAUUCGGCGAAGCGAACUUUAACCUGUCAUAAAGAUCACAAAUCCAAAUGCUCGACCCCUCACGCCGUGUUUGAUGAUCAGGCCUACUGGAUGUCAACUCAUAUCAUCCAUCGUUCACCGACUCAUCUCCUCUUACAGACAACCAACCCAACGUCACCCAUAUCGCAGGCUAGUACCAUCAAUAGGAUCUGGUUCAACCGUGUUCUUGUGGACGCUGAUAGUCGAAAGGCUUAUCAUCAACUUAAAAACGGUCCGGCACUCGGUCUCCAUAACAUUUGGUUCACUGGCAGUUGGUUUUCUGAAGGUAUACCACUCCUGGAAGGAUGUGUAUCUAGCUCAGAACUGGUAGUGAAGCGCUUCGUCAAACACCUCAUCCAAGACCUACCUGAUCAGCUGGAAAUGAAAUUUGUGUGGGAAGAUUCAACAUAA